AUGUCUCAAGCGCCUCAAUCGCGCGUCAAGGGUGUCUGGCGGGUCGACGAGCACGUCUAUGUAUCGCAUACCCACAGCGAUGUUCCGAGCGAGGGUCUACCACUCCCUGGAGUCGUGGUCUAUCACAAUUCGUUCUUCAUUGGCUGGCUUCGGGGCACGGCACUCGUCAACAUCGCAUAUCCAAGGACGCUUCGCGGCGAAGGCUGGUCGACAUUGGCAAUGUACGCCGAACCGGACACCGAAAAGUCCGUGCCUCUUGAAGACGGGAAUCAUUCCCGCUGCCGCAUCGAGUUCUGGCAAACAAUGGAGCGUCACGAAAGAUUUUUAACCCUGAUUCAAAACACUCUUCGCCACCGCAUACGCCCUCUCAUCAAACAGCAGCUUCAUCCCUACGUCAAUCACGAGCUCCCCCUACCUUCCUCGAUCCGCACCAUCGCCACUCCCUCAUAUCGUCACUGGAGCCCGAAGCCAUCGGACGCAUGGCAAUUGUGGCGGUUGACGCGGACCGCCUUCGUCGAACAAUUUGCCUUGACAUCUUUCUUGGUUUACCUGUACCGGAGGGUUACUCAGGAGGACCAUGCGGAGAAAUCCGUAUUGUAUACUGCUUCCAAUGAAGCUGGUUACAGCGAAUUUUACUCGGCUCUCUCCGACUCUUGGGUUUUCCAACUCAAACGCGUUGACCAUGUCGGUAUCGUUCUUGAUCCAGAUGCAUUUCAUAUCGACGUAUUCAACGCCCUCAUGAAGCAAGUCGUCGGAGGCGACGGAUUUCACUUCCCGGUCUACAUAUAUUGCGGACCUUUCAAGCGUCUCAAGAAAGUUACUCUGCAGUUUCCACCCACAUAUAGGCUGGACCUGGAGAUGAUACGCGUCGCUCCGUCAGCACGGUCCCAUGGAAAUCUUGGGAGCUCGUGGCAGGUCACUGGCUCGUCGCAAGCAUCGACUGGCGGUCAGGGUACGGCGUCUUCCUCCACCCAAAGUGUGCGUUCUUCGCGCGAUACCUCAGGCGCCGGCUGGGGCACGUCAAUCCAGAAGGAAUCUUCCUCGGGCGGGGGCUGGGGUGCGUCUUCGAGUGUUAACUGGGAUGCAUCUAGUGGCUGGGGUGCGUCCUCGGGUGGUGGCUGGGGUGCGUCCUCGGGUGGUGGCUGGGGUGCGUCCUCGAGUGUUGACUGGGAUGCGUCUAGUGGCUGGGGUGCGUCCUCGGGUGGUGGCUGGGGUGCGUCCUCGGGUGGUGGCUGGGGUGCGUCCUCGAGUGAUGUCUGGCCUGCGUCUUCGAGUAGUGGCUGGGGCGCGCCGGUCAGGGAUGUGACUUCAUCGGACUUGGGCCAGGGUCCAUCGUCUUCUUCGGGCGGUGGCGUAGGGACAUCGUCUUCGACGAUGCAGGAUGCGACUUCUUCGUCCAGUGGGCAUCAGGGCAUGGUUUGGGGUACGCCAGAUCCUCAGCCGCCAUCGUCAGUGCCUCCUCGGUUGUCCAAAAAUCAGAAGAGGAAGGAGAAGCGGAAAGAGAAGGCUCUGAUGGGCAUUCCCUCGAAGCAGCAGAGAGAUGCCGCGUUCCGCACAGAACAGGCUGAAGAAAAACAACUCGACCAAAUGCGCGACCAAAUCCUCCGUGAGGGGGGCCUCCUGCAUCGGAUCCCUAUGACGUCGCCGCCUGGUAGCCACUACUCGCCCGAUCAAGUGGUUCCUAUAAUCGCCGAAUUCCAGCCAGGCGAAUCGUUUUAUUCAUUCAUAGCUCGCAGGCAUCGCUACCGUCAAUAUUACCUUGCAAGGCAUGCAGACUACAGAACUCGCGCGGAAAUUUACGAUCGGGAGCAACGUGCUAAGAAAUAUCUACUUGGUUCACAUACGAGUGUCUUCCAUUGGACCGGUGGGGACCCAGGCGAAGUCAUCGAGCGCCUCCCAACAUCGAAGGCUAUGCGCUCCCAAUAUUUGUACGACGAGCAUCCCAGCGCGCGACUGUACGACGGACUCUUCGACGAAUGGGACGUUGCUCCCUGGCUGAACCCGAGACCCGCAUCACCCCCGCGAUGUGAUGAUGACUAUGUCGCGGACCUUUACUGUUUCAAUGAUCCCGUGGAAGGGAGACCGGGAUACAUCCCUUCCGAUCUCCUGCCGCCUCCGUCAGCGACACCGCCACCUGUUUAUCAUUCGCUUUCUCGCGAGGAUCCUUUGGAAGAGCCUCUUCCCCUAUAUCAUCCUGCCUCUGCGCUAUCAUCAUCCAGUCCUCUUUUGCCUGCAAGACGUGCUUCUCCACUGCCAUCCAUAGAGUCGGUCGUUCCGAUUGAGUCGACUACUGGUGCAUUGCGGGAUGCAGUCGUCAUACCGGACGCUCGUGUCGUCAAACCUGCUGCUCUUGCCGGGCUUGAGCCAUCAUUCGCUGUUCAGCAUGGUCGCAACCAUGUCACCGAACCCGGUGGCAACCAUGAUAUGGAUGUGGACCACGACACCAAUGCAGGCGGUGGUCAGGCUAUAAGUGAUGUUGAUGGUCACGACGCGAUCACUGCCAUCUAUGGGUCAGUUGACAAGGGCACGGGAGAAUAUACCCGUGCUCCGAGUCCUGGUCCGUCCUCGACGUCUCUCUCACUCGCUAGCCAGAGCCACGUCAAUGAACCCGGUAGCGGUGACCAUGCCAUGGAUGUGGACCGCGACACUGAUAUGGGCGGCGGUCAGACUCCAAGUGAUGCUGAUCGCCAGGAUAUAAAUACUGCUGCCGACGGGCCGGUGAACAAAGGCAAGGGCAAGCAAACUCUCACUCUCGUGCACGAGCCACUCUACGACAGCGAUGCUGGUGGGCGCCAGGUUAUCAGCAAUGCGGACGGCCAGGAUAUGAGCGCUCACGUCACCGGUUCGAAGGGUAAAGGGAAGGGCAAAUCUCUCUAUCCUGACCCUGCAACUGUCGUGCAUGUCUCCUCGGACGAGGAAGGGGAGAUCGCAGAUGAGGCGGAGGCCAGGAACUUGCGCCUCGCCAUCGCCAGGUCUCUCCAGUCAUCUCGUCAGGCACCCGAUGAGCCAGGCCCCAGCAGUGCGUCGAUCGAGGACGUCCACAGAGCAGAUGAACGCCGGUCUUCAACGUCAGAUCCCCUCGAUUCUAUGGAUGUCGAGCCUCUGGAGCCAGUCGCGGUUUCUGCGGUUCAGGAACCAGAGUGGUACCAUUUCAUGGUCUACCAUUACGGACUUAACCCGGAGACCACCGCCAACAUCGUCCCCCCUGCGCAAUCAAUGAUCUCCAGCUUGGAACGGGCUGUGUUUGCAGCAGGCUUCGUCAUACCAUCAUCAACGGAUUCCGCGACCAGCCUGGCAGUGAGGGAAGCGCAGACGGCAGGCGUGUCUCUUCGACAGCGCCAAAGAGUCAUCGAGUUCCUUGCGGCGUUAUACACUUGCAUCCCUGAACGACAGUACUUCAUCUCGCCCCCCCCUAAUAUGUGGGCUUUGCAUUGGGAGUCCCGCACAGCAACUCUCGCUGGGAGCCAACGGUUCCGUAUCCAACAUACGGUGCAAGACCGUCGUCUGUACUACCUGGUCCUUCCACUACAUGGGACCUGGGCAACCCUUAUCGUCAUCGAGGAUCCUCUGGUCGCUCUUCACAUACUCCGUCAUCCCCAUUUACACACCGAGGGGGAUGUCAUCGCAUUCCUCGUUGGCCACGGUGUUCCUUGUUUCGCGCCCAUGGCUGCAGAGAUCGGCCAUCCGGGAUUCGCACUCCCAUGGAGACUGCGUCGUGACCGCCCACGAGUCGCGCUGACACUACCGGCGCAUCGCGUUUUCUAUCGUAUAGAUUACGAGCAAUAUGAAAACCAUCUACGGUCUUUCUUGGCAAUCCAUCCCCGCGUCGUUCGUGCUGCUUCCCUCAUCGGUGGUCUCAUCUGGCGGAUAGUUCGGCAGGUCCAUCCUCAGCCAAUGCCUCCGAUGCCCACAGCAUUCGCUCACUGGUCUGAGGUCCGUUUCUCCCUGUCACAUGGCCUCCGAAACUUUGUCGACGAUCGCCUGGAGACCGAUGAAGAGUUGUUCAUCUUGGGCUUUUAUAGUUCGCAGAAUGCCCAGACAGUCUCUUGGUGGCCGCCGACUUCUGUUUGGGUAUCAAGUGGACUGGACUUCGGAUUCUGGAGCGAGCGUGCCGAGAAUUGGUUCGUGCAACGUCGACAAUCAUACCUACAGACUACCGGAAGUCGUCAACCAAGUGGUUAUCAGGCGUGGCGGAAGCAGAUUGGACAUGCAGAUCGACGUAGCCCCAUUCUCCUCGAGGUACUUCGGGAGCAUGCCGCCCGCAUCUUGCGUUAG